ACACUUACUUCCCUUGAUUUUUGGGAUUCUGGGCUUCCAUUUUCUCUCGUUUUCUCGGCUAAUUUUCUCUCUCUUUCUCGGCUAACAAACAAGCAGAGUAGAACCCGUUUAACUGCCUUUGAAUAGGCGAAGAGAAGGAUGAAUAUCGCCCAUACCGUCUUCGGCGUUCUUGGAAAUGCAACUGCUCUGUUCCUCUUCUUGGCACCGACGAUCACAUUCAAGAGGAUCAUCAAGAACAAGUCGACAGAACAAUUCUCUGGGAUCCCAUAUCCAAUGACUCUCCUCAACUGUCUCCUCUCCGCUUGGUACGGGCUUCCCUUUGUGUCGAAGAACAACACACUUGUGUCAACGAUUAAUGGAACAGGAGCAGCAAUUGAGAUUGUCUAUGUGUUGAUAUUCCUCGUAUAUGCUCCCAAGAAGGAGAAAGCUAAGAUCUUUGGCAUCUUCUCCUGCGUUAUGGCCGUCUUCUCUGUCGUGGUUUUCGUCUCUCUCUUUGCCCUCCAUGGGAAUCCCCGGAAGCUUUUCUGUGGUCUGGCUGCCACCAUUUUCUCCAUCAUCAUGUACGCAUCCCCCCUCUCAAUCAUGAGAAUGGUGAUAAAGACAAAGAGUGUAGAGUUCAUGCCCUUCUUCCUCUCGCUCUUCGUCUUCCUCUGCGGAACUUCCUGGUUCAUCUAUGGCCUCAUCGGCCGUGACCCUUUUGUCGCGAUUCCAAACGGAUUCGGGUGCGGUCUGGGGACAAUGCAGCUGAUACUGUACUUCAUAUACUGUGGAAACAAAGGCGAGAAGGUGGAAGAGAAGAAGUGCGUGGAGAUGAAAGGUGAGGAGAAGAAGCAGAGUGCAGAAAACGGAAAACAAGAACAACAUGUCUGAGAUUUUGCUCUCUGUUUUCUCCCUAGGAUGUUUUUUUUUUUUGGGUGUUCUUGCAGUGAAAAACUUGUCCUUAAAUGUAAAACGUUUCCUCUCAAUAAUGAAUAAAAUGAA